AUGGAUUCUACUUUAGAUAUAACUAAACUGGAUCAGCUGAGUGUUAUUAUUCGGUAUACUGUCAUAAAUUUUGAAGAGAAGAAACUAGAAGUUAAGGAGUCAUUUGUAGGUUUUUUUGAGUUAAAACACCACGGAGCUGCUGAUUAUACACAGAUGAUAUGUGAAAUUCUAUCAAAACUUGACUUGGAUAUUAACAAAUGCCAUGGACAAGGUUAUGAUGGGGCAUCUGUGAUGAGCGGAGUCCAUUCUGGCGUCCAAACUAGAAUAAAAGAACUUGUUCCAUCAGCUUCAUAUAUUCAUUGUUGUAGUCACAAUCUUAAUUUAGUAAUAUCUGAUGCAGCUAAAUGUCAUAGUAAAGUAUUAAAUUUUUUUGACACAGUUCAAGCAAUUUUUAAUUUUUUUGGUAGUAGUGCGCCAAGAUGGGCUCUUUUAGCAUUUGGACAUGAUAUUUCUAUUAAAAUCCGUACAAAAGUUUUAAAAAAAGUGUGCCCUACUAGGUGGGAAGCUCGACAUGAUGCAAUAUUUUCCUUGAAAGAACGUUAUAUAGAUGUACUUAAAUCGUUGACUCACAUUAUUCUAACUAGUAAUAAAAGAUCAGAAAAAACAUUAGCCAGUGGAUUGAAAUUAUAG